AGGAUAGUAUGCAUUUCCUCGGGCCGUGGAUCCUAUAAAUCUUUUUUUCUUUUUAAAAAAGGGUAGACGAAGGUCUGUAGGAGGAAAGACGAAAAAACAUAGCUCAGCCAUGGCGAAUUCCAAUCCCGAUAAAUUGAUGACGAAAGCUGAUAAAUUAACAAAACUCAGUCUCACAAGGUGGAGUGCUGAUUGGAGGAGUGCCACUGAACUGUAUGAGCAAGCUGCUGUUGCAUUCAGGUUUGCAAAGAACUAUGAGAAAGCGAAAAUAGCAUUUGAAAAGGCCUCAAAAGGGCAGGAGAUGCUCUCAUCACCUUGGGAUGCUGCAAAGCAUAUGGAGUCUGCUGCUGCUCUAGCAAAAGAACUUAGCAGUUGGGGUGAAGUUGCUGACCUUUACAGAAAAGCCUCUGAGUUGUACAACGAGUGUGGUAGAUCACAGCCUGCAUCUGAUGCUCUGGCAAAGGGUGCUCGUGCCCUGGAAGAAGCUAACCCCGAUGAAGCUAUUCGGAUGUAUACCGAUGCUUGUGCCACUCUAGAAGAGGAUGGAAAGGAGCAAAUGGCAUUUGAUUUAUAUCGUGAUGCCACAAGUGUUUACCUUAAACUUGAGAGGUAUACUGACGCUGCUACUUUUCUAUUGAGAUGGGGCUUAUCUGCAGACCAGUGCAAGGCUGUCCACAGUCAAUGCAAGGCGUACCUGAGUGCAAUUAUAGUGUACCUUUAUGCACAUGAUUUCAAGCAAGCACAAAAGUGCUACAAUGACUGUUCUCAGAUAGAUGCUUUUCCGAGCAGCGACCAAGGUCGCGUUGCUAGCAAAUUGCUAUCUGCUUAUGCAGAAGCAGACAUUGAAGAUAUUAAACGUGUUGCUCAGUCGAGCACCAUUUCAAAUCUCGAUCACAUGAUCAUUCGGCUUGCAAGGAAACUACCAACAGGUGAUAUGAGUUCGCUUGAGAUAGAAAGAGCUGAGGAAGAAGAGCCUCUUGAUGAAAACGACCUCACCUAGCUUCUCUCCCUCAAUUAGCACUGCCAAGAACAGAAUCUCCUCCACCCAUGAAACGCAAGAUAUUUUAUGGAAGAGCAUUAUAGUUUACAACCAACACUAUUACUCCGGGCUUGUAUUUCAUUCACAAGAAGCUUUUGACAUGUAAAAAAGAAAAAAGAAAAAAGAAGAA